UUGUGAUUUUCGAAAUCUUUUUUGUUCGUCUUAGGUUUCCAUAUUUGUGCUGGUUCGACGAAAUCCACCUCCGAACUCUUCCUGGUCUCUACUAUCUAAUUUUUUCCACUCAUAAAUCGAAGCAUUGCGGAGCGAUGAUCCCAGUGAACGACGCGCUUGAAAUUGUUCUUAGCACUGCUCAGCGCCUAGAACCCAUUACGGUUCCACUUCAAGACGCGUUUGGCAAAAUACUGGCAGAGGACAUCCGAGCUUCUGAUCCUUUACCUCCUUAUCGAGCUUCAGUCAAGGAUGGUUAUGCAGUUGUUGCUUCCGAUGGACCUGGUGAAUAUCCCAUAAUUACUGAAUCAAGAGCAGGAAAUGAUGGAGUCGAUGUGAAAGUUGCUUCUGGAACAGUUGCAUAUGUAACAACUGGAGGACCAAUACCUGAUGGUGCUGAUGCUGUUAUUCAAGUUGAGGACACUGAACAAGUAAAAGAUAGUCCAGGUGAAGCAAAGCGAGUGACAAUAUUGAAGCAAGCAAUCCAAGGCCUUGACAUUCGUCCAGUGGGUUGUGACAUUGAAAAAGGUGCCAUAGUACUGAGGUCUGGAGAACUAGUAGGUGCUUCUGAAAUUGGCCUACUGGCCGCUGUAGGAGUAAUGAUGGUGAAGGUAUAUCCUCGUCCAACAGUUGCUGUGCUUUCCACAGGGGAUGAGCUUGUAGAGCCAACCACAAUGAAUCUAGAUCGUGGCCAGAUCAGGGACUCCAACCGUGCUAUGUUACUAGCAGCUGCAAUACAGCAGCAUUGCAGAGUUGUUGACCUUGGUAUUGCUCGUGAUGAUGAAGAGCAUCUUGAAAAAAUCUUGGACAGUGCCAUUUCUGCUGGAAUUGACAUCCUUCUUACUUCUGGAGGUGUUUCCAUGGGGGACAGGGAUUUUGUCAAGCCUUUGUUGGAAAGGAAAGGGACUGUACAUUUCAACAGGGUUAUCAUGAAACCUGGGAAGCCUUUGACAUUUGCGGAGAUUACUGUAAAAUCAAGACAGGAAAAGGCAGUUAGGAAGAUUCUUGCAUUUGGUCUGCCUGGAAAUCCUGUGAGCUGCUUAGUCUGUUUCCAUAUCUUUGCCAUCCCCGCCAUUCGUUGUCUCGCUGGAUGGUCAAGCCCUCACCAUCUGAGAGUGCAUACUCGUCUUGCACAGCCCAUUAAGACGGAUUCAGUCAGACCAGAGUUUCAUCGUGCCAUUAUUAGAUGGAAGGUUAAUGAUGGAUCCGGCAAUCCAGGUUUUGUUGCUGAAAGUACUGGUCAUCAGAUGAGUAGCAGGCUUCUAAGUAUGAAAUCUGCAAAUGCAUUGUUAGAGCUGCCAGCAACAGGCACUAUGAUUUCUGCUGGAACUUCUGUAUCUGCUAUUGUUAUUUCUGAUUUGAGCAACUUUCCUGUGAGUGAGAAUUCUUUCUCAUUAGAUUCGAAUCCUUCUUCACAAAGAAGUACAUCCCAUAAAAAUAACGUUGAAUCUCAAGAUGCUGGGUUUAGAGUAGCUGUUCUUACUGUGAGCGAUACUGUUGCAGCAGGUGCGGGGCCCGAUAGAAGUGGUCCAAGGGCGGUAUCUUUUGUGAAUUCCUCAUCUGAAAGAUUAGGAGGAGCACAAGUUGUAGCAACAGCUGUAGUUCCAGAUGAAGUGAGCAAAAUUAGAGAUGCUCUAAAGCAAUGGAGUGAUAUUGACAAAGUCGAACUCAUUCUAACCUUAGGUGGCACGGGCUUUACUCCGAGAGACGUCACCCCGGAAGCAACAAAAAGUGUGAUAGAGAAAGAAACACCUGGCCUUCUGUAUGUGAUGAUGCAGGAAAGUCUGAAGGUGACACCAUUUGCUAUGCUCUCAAGGUCUGCAGCUGGAAUAAGAGGAUCAACGUUGAUCAUCAAUAUGCCAGGGAAUCCAAAUGCUGUUGUUGAAUGCAUGGAAGCAUUGCUGCCCGCCUUGAAGCAUGCACUGAAGCAGAUAAGGGGAGACAAGAGAGAGAAACAUCCUCGUCAUGUACCCCAUGCACAGGCAGAGGCUGUUGAUACUUGGGAAAAAAGUUACAAGUUGGCUUCUGGGGGCUCAGGACCUAGCUGUUCUUGUUCACAUUGAAAUUCUAGGAUGUUUUGCUUUGGUACUCAUCAACACCCCAGUUUGUGGAAAUAUAGGGUGAUGUGUUUUUAGAAGCCUCGGAGGAAAACUAAUACACUCGUAGUGCAUGUUUGGGUAAGGUUCUGAGGGUGGCUUCUAGAAGCUGGUUUCUGAAGGGCAAAGAGGUGGGGUGCAAGGAGAGGCCUCGUUUUGGAAUCUUCACCAUCUCGCCUGCAAGAA